UUCCGCGAAGAUGGCGGCGGCUGCGGGGCGAAGCGCUCGACUGGCGGCUUGGGGAGGGAGACUGCGGCGCGGGCUGUCUGCCAGCCGACAGGCCGUGCCGAGCCCCGGGGCACUGGCGGCGGCAGUGGCCGGGGUGGCCCUGGCAGGAGCAGGAGCGGCCUGGCAUCAUGGCCGCGUGAGUGUCGCGGCGCGCGAGAGCAGCCUCACCGUGUUUGCACAGAAAAAUGUUGACUAUGGAGCAAUAGAGAAAGUAUCUCUUCGUAAACAACGGUUCAUGCAGUUUUCUUCACUGGAAUAUGAAGGAGAAUAUUACAUGACACCACGAGACUUCCUCUUCUCAGUAAUGUUUGAGCAAAUGGACCGUAAAACUUUAAUCAAGAAGCUGACAAAAAAGGAUAUCCAGGAUGCACUGGCAGGAAUCCAAACAGCCGGUCAUGGCUCAACAUUUUUCAGAGACCUCGGCGAUAAAGGGCUUAUUUCAUAUACUGAGUAUCUUUUCUUGCUUACCAUCCUCACGAAACCCCAUAGUGGAUUUCAUGUUGCUUUUAAAAUGCUGGAUGCAGAUGGUAAUGAAAUGAUUGAGAAAAAGGAAUUUUUUAAGCUGCAGAAGAUCAUAAGUAAACAAGAUGACUUGAAGACUAUGAAAAUUAAUGAAGCAGAAUAUCAGGAAUCACUAGUGAAAGAACCUGAAAUUAAUACAACCCUUGAGAUGCGUUUCUUUGGAAAAAAAGGAGACAGAAAACUUCACUAUAAAGAAUUUCGAAGAUUUAUGGAAAAUUUACAAACAGAGAUUCAAGAAAUGGAAUUCCUCCAGUUUUCAAAAGGUUUGAGUUUCAUGAGGAAAGAAGACUUUGCAGAGUGGCUACUUUUUUUCACUAACACUGAAAAUAAAGACAUUUAUUGGAAAAAUGUGAGAGAGAAGUUGUCGGCAGGAGAGAGCAUUAGUUUGGAUGAGUUCAAGUCAUUUUGCCAUUUUACCACUCACUUGGAAGACUUUGCUAUCGCCAUGCAAAUGUUUAGCUUAGCUCAUCGCCCUGUCAGACUAGCGGAGUUUAAGAGAGCUGUGAAAGUAGCAACAGGACAAGAGCUCUCCAACAAUAUUUUGGACACCGUCUUCAAGAUCUUUGAUUUGGAUGGUGAUGAAUGUCUUAGUCACGGAGAGUUUCUUGGGGUGCUAAAAAACAGGAUGCAUCGGGGUCUCUGGGUACCACAUCAGCAAAGUAUACAAGAGUACUGGAAAUGUGUGAAAAAAGAAAGCAUUAAAGGAGUAAAAGAAGUCUGGAAACAAGCUGGAAAAGGCAUUCUUUAAAAAUAAUAGUAAUAUAGUGUCAUACAAGUAGUGCUCCAAAUGUCAGAACUUCAGAAUUCUUUUCAAUCACUAGCUUCUUAAUUCUUCAUUGACUUCCUUUGUCAUGUAAAGGUGCCUUGUAUUUGCUUUCUGAUUGAAUAAUUUCUAAGUUUUCAUUAAAGAACUUACUAGAAAGAAAAAGUAUUGUUUUGUUUUUUGUUUUUGUUUUUGUUUUUGUUUUUUUUGACAGGCAGAGUGGACAGUGAGAGAGAGAAACAGAGAGAAAGGUCUUCCUUUGCCAUUGGUUUAGCCUCCAAUGGCCGCCGCGGCCAGGGCACUGCAGCCAACGCACCACACUGAUCCGAAGGCAGGAGCCAGGUGCUUCUCCUGGUCUCCUAUGGGGUGCAGGGCCCAAGGACUUGGGCCAUCCUCCACUGCACUCCCGGGCCACAGCAGAGAGCUGGCCUGGAAGAGGGGCAACCGGGACAGAAUCCGGAGCCCCGACCAGGACUAGAACCCAGUGUGCCGGCGCCGCAGGCAGAGGAUUAGCCUAUUAAGCCACAGCACCGGCCAGAAAAAGUAUUAUUUUAUAAUCAACAUGGCAGUAUCAGUUCCAGAAGUUGUGAGGUUCCUAAAAGGCAAAAUGAAGUUUAAGACUUAUUUUAGAUUUUUCUCAUCUGUAUUUUUUUCUCAGAAAUUCCUAUAGAUUUUAUUUCAGUUAGUUGCAUAUAG